AUGGCACUCCUUUCUUCUUCUCCUUCCCUCCCUGUAUCUUCACCAAAUUAUCGUUGCUAUCCUUCCCGUCGACUUUGCCUCAACCCAAUCACAGCCACACAAGUAUUCACCCCACACCAUAUCGACAAAUCAUCUCUUACAAUCUCUGAAACGUCGGAGGAGGACCAGCUCUGGGCCGCGGCGUGUCUCCGUGUCCGUUCCUUCCACGAAUUUAAGCCUUCCACUUUUGGCAUCCAAGAUCAUAAAAGAUACCUAGCAGAGCGUGAAUUUGAAGCUUUAAAAGAACGAAUUGCUGGUAAAAGAACCGGUUUCAAUAGAGUUUCGUGUUUAAAUGCGACGCUUCCGUUAUCACAGUUGUUGACUUUACCUGAUGAUGAUUUAUGCGCGCAAUGUAAGUUUAGUGAGAAUGGAGAAGAUAGAGUGGUGGUGGGGACACUUGAUGUAAAUCAAUGUACGAGUCUUCCUGAUGAAAUUACUGGAAAGAAACCUGAGGGUAUUGAAGGUCAAUUUUCAAGGGGAUACUUGAGCAAUGUAUGUGUUGCCAAGGAACUUCAUAGAAAUGGAUUGGGUUAUGAUCUUGUUGCAAAGUCUAAAGGGGUUGCUCAAGGAUGGGGUAAGCUUGGUGAAUUAUUUUCAGGGAUAACUGAUCUCUAUGUCCAUGUUGCUGUCAACAAUGAACCAGCAAAACAGUUAUACAUGAAAAGUGGUUUUAUCUAUGAAAAUGACGAGCCUGCAUGGCAAGCCAGGUUCCUUGAUCGGCCACGGAGGCUUCUAUUAUGGAUUGGUCUCCCAG